AUGGCUAGUAAGCAAGGAGAAGUGAUGUGGCCUAGAUUAGUGGCAAACAAGAUUCUGAGAAAGCAAUUGGGAAGCAACAACUUUGUAGCAGAUUUUCCAAGCAACGAGGUCUCGGAGGAAUUAAUACUGGAAACACCAAGUGUUGAUCAACCGUCUUCAAACCUUACCUCUACCGUCUUCAAUCAUCACAAGGACACUAACACACACAAGUACAAGGUUUUUGUUAGUACAUGGAAUGUUGGUGGGGUGGAACCACAAGAAGAUAUGAAUAUGGAGGAUUGGAUUGACACAUCCUCUGACAUCUAUGUUCUUGGGUUUCAAGAAAUCGUUCCUCUGAAAGCCUCCAAUGUUCUAGGAUCUGAGAAUAGUAAGAUCUGCAUGAAAUGGAAUUCCUUGAUCAGAGAAGCUUUAAACAAGAAAAGACACAACAAUAUUAAUAAUCCACCAGACUUCCACUGUAUUGUAAGUAAGCAAAUGGUGGGGAUACUAAUAUCAGUUUGGAUUCGAAGUAAUCUUCGUCCAUUUAUUCGGAAUCCAAGUGUCUCCUGUGUUGGCUGUGGGAUCAUGGGAUGCCUAGGAAAUAAGGGUUCGGUUUCUGUUAGAUUUCGAUUACAUGAAACAAGCUUUUGCUUCGUGUGCACUCAUCUAGCUUCAGGGGGUAGAGAAGGAGAUAAGAAACUGAGGAAUUCUAACAUAUCCGAUAUAUUUUCCAGAACAAGUUUUCCCAGAGGCCCUUUGCUUGAUUUGCCACAAAGGAUUUUAGAUCAUGAUCGAGUAAUUUUCCUCGGAGACUUGAAUUAUAGAAUUUCCCUUCCGGAAGCAACAACGCGUUCGUUAGUGGAUAUAAGAGCAUGGAAUAUCUUACUAAAACAUGAUCAGCUGAUGAUGCAGCUCAAAGAGGGACAAGUACUCGAAGGUUGGAAUGAAGGAGCUGUUGAAUUUGCUCCCACUUACAAAUAUUGUCCAAAUUCUGAUGUAUAUUAUGGAUGUCCUCCGGGAAAGAAAGGUGAAAAGAGGCGUGCUCCUGCCUGGUGUGAUCGGAUAAUUUGGCACGGAGAAGGGUUGAAGCAACAUGUAUACAGUAGAGGUGAAUCAAAAUUGUCUGAUCACAGACCUGUGAAUGCAAUAUUUACAGCCGAAGUUGGGGUUUUAAGAACAUUGAGAGGAUAUCAUAGUUUUUUUCUAUCAGACAAGUUAGACAGAGUAUCAAGCAAGUUUCAAGUAUCCUCCACCCAUAAUUUUGUAUGGAAAGGGAGAUCAACAAGCUUGAAACUUUGA